AUGUAGUUGCUGCCCGGCAAGUGUCAGAUUAGCAGGUUUCUUUGCUCUCUCCGCUCUUCACGCGGCCGCGCAGCAUGCUUAUUAAUUAACAACAGUGCAAACAUUGAUGCCGAAAUCAUCAGAUAAAACAUUGAUCAACUGAAGUUAACAACUGUUAUACACAGCAGGCGCUGCUGCCGGCUAGCAAAAAGCUAAAAAUUCGGCGUCUUGGACAGCGGAGCAUCUCAAAAACCGUGGAACGAAUGUUGCGCAACCCUUUGCUCUGCCCGCAUGCUAACAUAACAACAUUAUCAGCCGAAUCACGCCAUCAACAAAGACGCAGGCUAACACUGAUAAUUGUAUUUCGUGUUGCACAGACAUGAAGAAACGCUCAAAUUCACGUGGCACACCGACGGCCGGCGAUGGGGAAGAGGAGCGUGCCAACUCCGGUGGUGACCAGAGCACCGCAUCCACAAAGUACAUAUCCGGUGCGGCCAGUGCGCCGGCCACACCAAUCAAACGCAACGAUAAUGGUAAAAGGCGCAAAGAAGAAAUUGCCCAGACUUUCGUCAUUGUCAACGAGCGACCGGUGGAUGACAUUUCCUUGGAUUUCUUCUACAAGCCGCACACCAUCACCCUUCUGGCCGUCUCAGUGCUGGCGGUCAUGUAUUUCGCCUUUGUCAGGAACGAGGCUAACAUAGAUGAUAAUCUUUGGUCGGGACUGUUAUGCAUUGUUUUCUUCUUUCUGAUUAUUUCGGUAAUCGCAUUUCCAAAUGGACCAUUCACACGACCUCAUCCUGCAGUAUGGCGCAUCCUAUUUGGCUGUUCCGUCUUGUAUUUACUUAUGCUGCAAUUUCUCAUGUUCCAAAACUAUUCGACAAUACGAAGUAUAUUCUAUUGGCUGGACCCAAAGUUAAAGAACUUUCACAUAGAUAUGGAGAAGGAAUACGGCGUUAAUUGCUCGGACAUAAGCUGGGAACGGGUUAAGGGUCAUUUGGAUGUAUUCGCCUGGGGACACUUUCUAGGCUGGGCCUUUAAGGCCAUACUCAUACGCCACAUGGGCAUUCUCUGGGCCAUCUCGGUGAUGUGGGAAAUAACAGAGAUCACCUUUGCCCAUCUGUUGCCCAACUUUAUUGAAUGCUGGUGGGAUGCGCUCAUCUUGGAUGUUAUCAUUUGCAAUGGCCUUGGCAUUUGGGUGGGCCUCAAGAUAUGCCAAAUACUUGAGAUGCGCGAAUACAAAUGGGCCAGCAUUAAGGAUAUAUCAACAACCACAGGAAAAAUUAAGCGUGCCAUGCUGCAGUUUACACCAGAGAGCUGGUCAGCCAUACGCUGGCUGGAUCCCAAGUCGACGGCAAUGCGAUUUGCUGCAGUUAUCCAGUUGGUCAUAUUCUGGCAGGUCACCGAACUGAACACGUUCUUCUUGAAGCACAUUUUCGAGAUGCCGCCCGAUCAUUUUAUUGUUGUUGGACGUUUAAUAUUCAUAGGACUUUUUGUGGCGCCCUCGGUUAGGCAAUAUUAUGUAUACGUCACCGACACGCGCUGCAAACGUGUCGGAACCCAGUGUUGGGUUUACGGCGCUAUUAUGGUCUCCGAGGCCAUUCUCUGCAUUAAGAAUGGCAAGGAGUUGUUUGAGCGCACGCAAGCCAUCAACAUUGUGCUCUGGCUGACCGUGCAGGUGCUAAUAUCGGUGUCAUUCGUCUACGUAGCUGUCUGGUGGCAGCAACGUCAACUGAAAAAGGUUUCAACGAUUCCGGCUCUGAGUAAAAAACAAGGAGAUAGUGCGCAAAACUCCCCAUCUAAAGGUAAUUUGUCGCCGGCAAAAGAGAAGAAACUCAAAUGAGGCCAUUUUAGCAAAAACCAAAACAAAAAAAACUUAAAAAGCCGAACAACAUUCAAAUAAAAAGGCGAUUCUAUAAUAUGUACAUACAAUUUAUGCAAACUGUACUGAUUAAAUUAAAUUUAUAUUGUGUA